AUGACGAUCAUGAUACUUCUCUUAUGCUCAGUUAUCUUCUUUACCAUUCUCUUCUUCUAUAAACAGACGACACGGAAGAAAGGCAACUCUCCACCGUCACCACCGAGACUUCCACUGAUCGGAAACCUCCACCAGCUCGGCCGCCACCCUCACCGAUCACUAUGCUCUCUCAGCCACCGUUACGGUCCUCUCAUGCUCCUCCACUUUGGCCGUGUCCCUGUUCUUGUAGUCUCUUCCGCCGACGCGGCUCGAGACGUUUUGAAGACGCACGAUCGCGUUUUUGCGAGCCGCCCACAGUCUAAAAUAUUCGAAAAGCUUCUCUACAACGGGCGUGAUCUGGCUUCAGCUCCUUAUGGAGUGUAUUGGAGACAAAUAAAGAGUGUGUGUGUCCUCCAUCUCCUCAGCAACAAAAUGGUACGUUCCUUUCGAGCAGUGAGAGAAGAAGAGAUUAGUCUGAUGAUGGAAAAGAUCCGAGAAUCAGAUUCGUCGCCGAUGAAUCUAAGCAAGCUCAUGUCGACUUUAACUAACGAUGUUAUAUGUAGAGUUGCUUUGGGACGUAAAUAUGGUGUCGGAACAGAUUUUAAAGAGAUGAUAGACAGGCUCAUGAGGCUGUUGGGGGUGAUUAGUGUCGGGACUUAUGUCCCGUGGCUUGCAUGGAUUGAUUGGAUCCGUGGUCUGGAUGGUCAGCUAGAUAAGACUAGAAAUGAUUUUGAUGAGUUCUUGGAGAGAGUUGUUCAAGAUCAUGUUGAUGGUGACAGAGAUAGGAAUGACUUCGUUGAUGUAUUGCUAGCGAUUCAAAGAGAUAAGAGCGUCGGAUUUGAAAUCAACCGGAUAAGCAUAAAGGCAAUCAUCUUGAAUGUUUUUGUGGCUGGUACGGACACAUCAUACACCCUUAUGGAGUGGGAAAUGACAGAGCUUCUACGUCACCCAAAGUGUAUGAAAAGACUUCAAGAAGAAGUACGUACAGUUUGUAAGGGAAGAACAAGUGUUUCAGAAGACGACGUUCAAGACAUGAGCUACUUAAAAGCUGUGGUCAAAGAAACACUCAGGCUACAUCCUCCACUUCCAUUGACGGUCCCUCACGUAUCAACACAAGAUGUUAUAUUAAGAGACUACCACAUACCGGCCGGUACACAGGUUGUGAUCAAUGCAUGGGCGAUAGGGAGAGAGGCUGCAACAUGGGGACCGGACGCGGAGGAGUUUAGACCGGAGAGGCAUUUAGAUUCUUCUAUUGAUUUCCGAGGUCAGGAUUUUGAGCUGGUUCCAUUUGGAUCUGGGAGAAGGAUUUGUCCAGCAAUAUCAUUCGCUGCGGUGUUGAAUGAGCUUGUUUUGGCUAACUUAGUGCAUCGGUUUGAUUGGAGGUUACCGGUUGAUUCUACAGAAGAACAAACCGGUGUUGCUGAAUCAACCGGUAGUGUGAUUCACCGUUUGUUCCCUCUUUACGCCACUGCAUCAUUUGCUACUUGA